UAAAUGUACAAUUUUUUUGCAUAAAAACCCAAACCGCUUUAUAAAUCACUCCACCCCGGGGCCAAGACGCCACGGCCCUAUCCCUAUCCGGCUAUCCCCAUCACCUCCUCCCCACAGCCCUGUCCACCAACACAACACUUCGUACGAAAGCCAUGGCCUCUCGCGACGCCGCCACCUUCCAAGUCUACCGGCCUAUGCCCGCGCCAACGCCAACGCCAUCGCUAAUGCCGUUGACGGCUGCGGCGCCCGCCGAUGCCGUGGCGCCUGCGCCGAAAAAGCCGAGUCCGGGCACGGGCAAGGACCGGCACAGCAAGGUGAACGGGCGCGGUCGGCGCGUGCGCAUGCCGAUCGUGUGCGCGGCGCGCGUUUUCCAGCUCACCCGCGAGCUGGGGCUCAAGUCCGACGGCCAGACCAUCGAGUGGCUGCUCCGCCAGGCCGAGCCCUCCAUCCUCGCCGCCACCGGCUCCGGCACCACCCCCGCCGUCUUCUCCUGUUCUUCCGCCCCGUCCACCUCCUCCCUCCUCGGCAAGCGCCAGCGCGAGGACGUCCACGAGGCGCCGCCGCCGUUCUGGGCAGCCCUGCAGGCGCGGCGCGUGGAGUGGGGCCUGUCGCCGGUGCAGGAGGCGGCGCAGAGUCACCACCACAACCUGCUCUCCGUGCUCUCCGGCGCCACGAGGCCGUCAGAGGAGUCCCGGUGACUGCCGGCCGCAGCUCUGCUACGUGAUUGCAUGCGUCGACGUGUGGCAUGCCGUGCUAGCUCUUUUUUCCGCUCCCUUCCGUGCAUCCUCGGGUGCAUUGCGUGUGUUUUCUUGUGAUUUGCGGCGUGAGAAGAAUAAUUGAAGAAUCAAGAACGCGAUGGGAUCGAUCUACAAGGUAGCGGUUGUAGAUAGCAUUCGUCAGGUUUGUGCUUGUUGUGAGCUUGUACGUGGUUCUGUGAUGUGAUCAGUGCUAUGCAUGCAAGUUGCCAACUGAUCUAAAUUGCUUGCUGUUUCUCUAGAAAUUAAACAUCGAGAAAGAUCGCUAUACGUUCUCUUGAUGCAGAGAUAAUGCAUUGCUGGUGAGACUGGCUUGUCCUGCAACUGUCAAACAAUGAUGA